AUGGAUCCCGAAAAGGUGUUGCCCCCAUCGGGGCCAGUUCUGGAUGUUGUUAAAAGCCAUGAGCACCCCGGCGUGGGUAAGUCUGUAAAAAUUCCUGGUAGUGACGACAAGGCUGCAGCAGAAGACCAAGAAAUGAUGCGACCCAGGCUAUUUGACGGGACGGCUACCCUCACAAGAGGAGACGGCGUGAUACUCAUUCCAAGCCCAAGUGCAGAUCCGCGAGAUCCCCUUAAUCUCCCGGAAUGGCACAAGAAACUCAUUGUGGGAAUCAUCGUACUCUACGCGAUAUCUGGGCUGUGCUUAAUCACCGCCCUCUCUGCGCUGAUAGUCUUCGUCAUGCCUGAUUACCAGCGCGAUGGGAUUACCCAGGGCCAGAUCUCGAAUCUCUUCACCUUCCCCAGUCUUUUUCUGGGGGUGGGCAACCUAGUUUCGAUGCCAAUCGCAUUGGCCGUCGGCAGACGACCGGUGAUUCUGGCUUCCAAUGUCCUUCUGUUCCUUGCCGCCGUUCUAUGCGCAACGAACCGCAAUUACUACUGGCAUCUCGGCGGGCGUAUGAUUGCGGCGUUUGCAGCGGCUCAAUGUCAGGCCUUGGCUAUGUUGAUCAUGCAGGAUAUCUAUUUUCUUCAUCAGCGUGCCCGAGUGUUUCAGGUAUAUGCGUCUGCGGAGGUUCUUCUCAACUCCAGUCUGGUAAUUGCGUCCUCCUACAUGGCUGAUGCUCUGGGAUGGCGAUCUUGGUAUUGGCUAUUUGCUGGUCUUUCUGGCCUGGCCAUGAUUCUCACUUUUUUGUUUGUCCCUGAAACGGCGUAUGAUCGACCUGUGGAAUCUUUCAUGGGCACUCGCCCGAGUGAUACAAGCAACCUUCUUUCACAACAGAGGGAUGCCGGUGAUGCUAUCAGCCGGAGCCACUCACCAGGUGUACAGUACACCAUGCCAGACGAUCAGCCGAUUUCCGACCUGAACCCUUUCCAGGAACGUACGUUCACCUCAAACUUGCAAGUAUUCGUCCAAAAGACCACCUGGUCUCAUUGCUGGCUCUGUCUUAAACAAAUUGGGCAAGUGUUCCUUUUUCCCCACGUCCUAUGGGUAGCCAUCAACAACGGCCUCUUUCAGGGCAUCGACGUCUCGAUCCAGAUGACGUACGCAGAGGUUCUCGUAAAGCCACCGUACAACUGGGCCAAGACGUCCGUUUCGCUCAUUCAGCUGGGACAGAUUGUCAUUGCUCUGCUAUGUGUUCCACUGAUCGGCUGGCUUAGCGACUUUAUCAUCCGCUUCUCAGCUCGGCGUAACCAUGGAGUGCACGAACCAGAACCGAGACUUAUCGCCUGGAUCUUCCCCAUGGUGACGGCCUUGAUUCUUACAGUCCUCUACGGAUACGUUCUCAAAAAACCGGAAAGUUACCACUGGAUGGCCAUCGUGUCUGUUGUCGAUGGAUACCUCAUCGUCCUUAUGGGUGUGAGCACCGUUGGAACGGCUUAUUUGAUCGACAGUCAUCCCAGCCAUGCCGGCGCGAUCCUGGUAGCGCUCCCCGUUACUCGUGGGCUUAUGGGUUUUGGGCUUAGCAAGCAUACGACCGAGUACAUCAACAACCUAGGCCCAGUCCGGACUUUUGGAAUUUAUGCUGCCAUUAGCGCGGCGUUCUGUCUCCUUGGAAUAAUUAUGUACUUCACCGGUAAGAAAGUGAGAAGACUUUGCGCUCAAAUGACCCAGUAA